CUUGGAAGAACGCUGUGGUCAGGCAAAUACUUAGCUUCCUCCCACCUCAGCUGCUCGGCCAUGGCUUCCGUCCACAGCACCAUAGCUCCUCAGAGCUUCGUGCCUCUUUCCAAAGCAAAAUGCAAAUCCAAAGCUCAAGCAAGACCAAUGCCCGCGCCGAAUUUUCUGGGCUCAAAGAUUUCCCAGAAUUCAGUUUUCUCGCGAAACAUACCGUCACGAAACUGGGUCGCCGUCAACUCGACGUUGGAGGAGUUGGACGUGAUUCCCGUACAAAGUAGCGAUACUACGGACCAGCAAGAAGGCAUGGCGGUGGCGAGUCGGAUCGAAAUGGAAGGGGGAGAGGGGGACUUGGCUACUCAGGUGAGUGGUUUUGGAGCCAAUGAGGGGGUUUAUUCGUUCGAAGGAGCGGGUGAAUUUCAGGGUUUUUCUUCUGCUUCGGCUUCGAGUGGGGAUGAAAGCCGGAGGGCGAGCGAGGAGGAGAUGGAGAGGCUAAUAGAUAGGACCAUCAAUGCCGCUAUUGUGCUUGCGGCGGGUACUUUUGCCAUCACCAAGCUUCUCACCAUUGAUAGAGAUUACUGGCACGGAUGGACGCUUUAUGAGAUACUAAGAUAUGCACCGCAACACAACUGGUCCGCUUAUGAGGAAGCUCUCAAGACGAAUCCAGUUUUUGCCAAAAUGGUCAUCAGUGGAGUUGUAUACUCUAUAGGGGACUGGAUUGCACAGUGCUUUGACGGAAAACCUCUUUUUGAAUUUGAUCGUGCACGAAUGUUCAGAUCGGGUCUUGUUGGUUUUACUCUACAUGGCUCUCUCUCUCAUUACUAUUAUCAGUUUUGUGAGGAGCUAUUUCCAUUCCAAGACUGGUGGGUAGUUCCCGCCAAAGUUGCCUUCGACCAAACUGCAUGGGCAGCUGUUUGGAACAGCAUUUAUUAUGCAGCUGUUGGAUUUCUGCGCCUUGAAUCCCCUGUCAAUGUUUUUAAUGAAUUGAAGGCAACAUUUAUUCCUAUGUUGACUGCAGGGUGGAAGCUUUGGCCGUUUGCCCAUCUCAUUACUUAUGGUGUGAUCCCAGUGGAGCAAAGACUUCUUUGGGUGGAUUGUGUGGAGCUUAUAUGGGUGACAAUACUUUCAACGUACUCAAAUGAAAAAUCAGAAGCAAGACACUCAGAAUUACCUGCAGAAGUAAAAGCCACUGCAUCAUCCGCGAAUUCUUCAGAGGAGUAACCCAAAGAGAAAUGAGUCGAGGCAGGAAUAGGGGAGGAUAGGUUCAGCUCAAUUAGAUACUGAAAGUAGAGAAGCCUGCAAGAUGCUGGAUCUUGACGUGAACAAGGGUGUGUAAAGCAGAACGAUGGAAAAGCCGAUAAUGUAUGUGUAUAUAUUGCAUAUUUGGAAACACUUGAAUGUCGCGCGACAUCGAUUUCCCUGGAAAGCAUUACAAAGUGUAAUUCUUGAUAUUAUACAUUGUAAUUAUUGACUACUUUAAUAAAUAUAUAUUAAUUUGUAGGUGAAAUCUUGUGACUGAAACCUAGUGCAGGAAAUAACAAUUGGUGCCGAUGCGUGACUCUUGCAUUAGCAAGUAUUUACAGUAGAAUAGAAAUAUGGCUUUUUAGCUUCUUUUUUCUUUUUUGGGUCAUACACGACCUUCUCCAACCAGAGAGAUGGGUAGAUGGAUUGGAGAUGUACUGAUGACAGUUUUAAACUGUAAAUAGCUGAAAGAGAGAGUUUGCUUUGCAGAA